GUGUAGGGUUGAAGAAAUGAACGAAUUAUGCUAGAAUUGUCAAUGUCAAUAAAUGUAAAAUAAAACAAAUUUAAUUUUAAUAUAAAUAUCAAAAUGAAGUAUCUCCCAUAUAAAAUAUUAUUAAUUUGUUUAUUAAAUUAUGGUUUAUCUGCAUUUGCUUUUGGACCCGAUCAAUGUAUAAGUAUUUGUAAAAGUGCAAAAUUACCUACUUUAGAACUGGAUUUCUAUGAACAAGUAGUUUGCCAAAGGGGGUGCAGAUUUUUUAACAUUAUUAAGUAUAAAGAUGUACCCAACAUAAAUCAAACAAGGAAAGAAUGCCACAUUUCAUGUGAAGAAUCAUAUAUUGUUAAAGAGGAGAAGGAUAUAUGCCAGAAAGGCUGUAAUUUGAUGGCAAGAGAACAAGAGACCUUUAUAUCCGCUUUCAUUAUCGAAACUGAGAACAGCAUUGUUUUGGCGAGCCCAGACAGAGAAAUCGAACUCGAUCUACUUUCUGACCCUAGCAUAAAGAGCCAGCUGGAAAUUGGUUUCAACAUUGACUACAAGAUCCCCGCUACUAACAUACGAACGAUGCCCAUAGAAAUAGAAGAAGAGUUUAAAGUGAAGGAGACCGGAGAUUGGUUAGACUGUGCUUCUCGAAAUUCCGGAAUACCAAGAUGGAUACUUCUAUCUGCAAUAUUAACAGCUGUGUUAAUUGCUCUUUGGCUCAGUUUUUCGUCUGAAAAAAGAAGCGGCUCUGAAGACGAUAUUCAUGAAAUUGAUAUUGCUGACGAUAAAUUGAUUUUAACCAAUGACGAGUUACCUUUGGCUAAAGAUGAGACCAUUCUCUAUUUUGGACCUGUUGUUUCUGACGUUAUUAAGAAAGAAGCACCGCCCAAAUACACCGCUAGGAGUGAAGAAGUUUAAAUCACUAACUAUACUUGGUAGCUAUAACGUUUUGAUUAUAUCCAGCGAGUGUUAAUAAUUAUUUUUGUCAAAAGAUGUUGAGUGAGUGUCAUUGAUGUGUUCAUGAAAUUGUUAUCUGAAGCAAUUAUUACUACGAGGGUCAUUCUUAAAAAAGAUUACCUAUGCUGCUGAGAAAGAGUGCGAUGUGCUGGGAGAAAUCUGGCAACACUGCCUUACCUAUCACCUCUCCCUCUCUCUUAAACACCAGUUUCGCCUCACUGCAUUGCUCAGUGUCGGCCUAGCAGCCUUUGAAGAUGGAUGUCAUGGUCGCUAUUACCGUCAAUGUGAAAUUUAUGCUGUGUUUUUUAAAUGCAAAAAGGAUUUCACCUAUUGACAUUCGUCGUUAGUUAAUCAAAGUUUACGGGUAAAAGUGCAUAUUUGUUCAACAUGUUCGCAAAUGGUACACAGAAUUAAGUGAAGAUCGGAGCAGAAGGUCUUCAGAUUUAUCGUGAAUUUCCGUUCAGCCUUCACUGAAUUCUCUACAUGUUGAACAGAUAUGCACUUUUACCCAUAAACUUCGAUUAACUGACGAUGAAUGUCAAUACAUAUUGACAAUAUUGCAUAUUGCAAUAUUUUGCAUUUAAAAAACGUGUCACAGCAUUAAUUUCACAUUGGUCGUAACAGCGACAGGACCUCCAUCUUCGACAGCUGCUAGGCUGAUAGAUACUGAGCUAUGCAGCGAGGCGAAACUGGUAGGUAAGAGAGAGAGGGAGAGCUGAUGUGUAAGGCUGUGUUGCCAGAUUUCUCCGAGCACAUCCAACAGCAUAGGGAACCCAUAAAAAUUUAGUGAUUGAACACUAUAAUAGUACUAUAGACAAAAUCUCUAAAUCUUCAAAUUGGCUAUUUUUGACAACCACAUUUAGAAUUGCUAUUAAUGCAUUAUUGUGGCGAUAAUCUGUUUUUUUAUUAUUUCAUGUACACAUCACAAUUCAAAUAUAUCUAUUUUAAAGGCUGUUCUGCCAUCUUACAAUUGAUCUCAUUUAUAUAAUGUUAAGGUAUUUUUGAAUAUCCGGAAAAAUCACAGUAUAUUUGAUCGCCAACCGCCACUAAAGUCAUUCAUUAUUGUACUCAUUUGCGGCAGUAAAGUAACACUUAUUGUACUGAAAGAAGAAUUUUACUUUACCUGCCGAGAUUAAUCGGAAUUGAAUGUAAGUGGUCGAUGGCAGUAAUCGAUUAUUUAUUUGAGUUAACUUACAAUUUAUUUACUUUAAUUAUUAAAAUAUUGUACAAAAUUUACGACAUUGUUAAUUAAAUUGACGUCGAAAAGUAAAAUUCUGUAGUAUUUUGUAAUUAUAUCCAUAUAAAAUAAAUCAACACUACCGAUUUAGAAUUAUUCAAUAUUGAUAAAUAUUGAUUAAAAAUCGAAAGCGGUCAUCAUGCAGAAGUCACCUGUCAUCACUGUCAUGAAAUUUUUAUUACGUCUAAAAUUUAAAAAAUUCCUAAAUUGUAAGUAGGUAUUAAAACCAAUAUCAAAUUGCUGGCGAUAAAAUUUUGUAUGCACCACGUCAGUAAAGACUCUUUAUCGAACUCGUCUGUUAUUCGCCUCACUCGCUAUGCUCGUUCUGCUCAUAAUAUCAGACUCGUUCGAUAAAGAGUAACUUUACUGACUUGAUACAUAAAUAACUAUAUUACUUAAGAUCACAGUUAAUUUAUGUAAUUAACUAGAAUUAAACUAUGUAGAUGUGAAUCUGUUUUACAUGGCCAAUUUCAAAGUAAAAACAGAUUUGUAUACAGCUCCUCAGAAAUCAGGUGUAGACUAGCAAUGACCCCAACUGUAAUAACUAAAUUAAUUAUUAUUAAUGAUUAAUUGUUAUUUUUCACAUUGCUUCGUACAAAGCUGAAACAUGGACUCUAAAAAAUCAAUAGAAGUAGGAUCAAAGUCUUCGAUAUGUGUGUCAGAAUUCAGUCAGGUACAGUAUUCUAUGCGUGUCCCGGACAGAGCACAGAACCUGCCACAGAGUCGCAGCCAAUCGAGACAGCAAGCUAACAAUAUUUAGAGUGUCACCAAGCCCUAAUAAGGGCUCAGUGAAUGAGGAGAUAGUACUAAUCGUUGGGCUGAAAAGUUCGUAGGCUAACAUUAUUAUUCAAUAUUAUUCACCUUUCAGGGCGAUACAACGAUUAUAGCGGUCAUACAACUUUUCAAUACCAUUUUUAUAAUACAAUUUGUCUUUAGCUUCCAAAUAAGCCUCAGCGCCUUCCUUUGAUAUUUUUAGAGUCUCAGCUAUCUCGAACAACUUCAUUUUACGGUCGUACAAAAUUAUUUUGUGGACUUUUUCGUCGGUAAUAGCCCCUUUGGGUCGUCCACUGCGUGCAUCGUCCUCGGUGUUCAUUUCGCCUCGUUUGAACUUAGCAAACCACUUCUCAACGGUUGAUUUUCCUGGUGCAGAGUCCAAAUAAUGUUUAUACGCUGUGAGCUCGUAGGUAGAGGGGAUAAUUAAAAAUUCGCGAGCGCCAGUAGUGACAAGUUUGUAAACCUUUACUGGGAAAUUUGCUUUUUGACGUUCUGCAUUAAGCGUUGCAUAUUACAGCUUUUAAAUGUCUCACGAAAGUUGUUGUCUUAAAGAGUGUCGAAAUACUGGUUAUAAUAGUAACUGUGUAUUCUACAACUUUCCUGUCGCUAAGCAUAAGGUGAUUCAACGACAAAAAUGGAUUGAUGCAAUUAGAAAAAAGUAAGUAAACACAAUUUUAAUUUUAAAACGGUAGAAAAAUUUGAGCUAAGGGAUCAGUUAGCACACUCUCGAAUUUUGACGGUUUCAAUUUUACAAUCCAAUCCUGAAACAAAAUUUGAAUGCGUGAAGAUAACGACCAAUCACAGCAAACGUAGGAUGCCGUUAACUGUCAUUCAUAAGUUAAUAUUUAAGAAGUAUUAUACUAUAAUUAUAUUAAAUUAUUAUACUUUUUUGGAGAAUAAAUUUUUUCUAAUAUUAGUUGUCAACAUAAACGUCAAAACGAUAUUAUUAAAAAUAAUUAAAUGAAUAAUAAAUUCUGUACACACUGCUAUUAAUUAUUGAUUACAAUCCAAUUACUUCUUUACGUUGUAAAUAUUACACGAUAAGAAUUAAAUAAUAAGUUUGAAACAACUAUUAUUGGCUGUUCUACUGUCCUCUUUAAAAUUCUGGCCCAAAUUGGAACACUAGUCAACCGUUAGAUGGCGAUAGCAGCCAUACCAGCGAAACUCACAGAGUAUAGGCAAAACUUUUUUCUUUCCAGAAAAUUUCCGGUAAAAGUUAUACUAGUAAUCCUGUAGGUAGGUGGCGAUACCAGCGAAGCUCGGAGUGGAUAAAGCCAAGCUUUGGCUUCAUUCAACAGUAUUUUUUUAAUAGUUCGACAGCUGUCAAAUUUAUACACGCAUUUUUGAAGGUUAGGGCUGACUAAAGAUCAUAAUAUGGAUUUAAUACUAGUAGUGACAUCUAUGUGCCAGCCUACUAACUUUUCAUCCCACUUGUUACUGUGAUUAUCAACAUUCUUGUGUGAUUCCCAUGCGCAUCACUUCCUGUAGCAUUAUUACUACUAUUGUUUGAUCAUAAUUGUAUUAAAGAUGGCGAACUGUAAUAGCUACAGUACAGACACAGAUUGUUGCAAUGCGGUAUUGUAUAGUUAUUUUUUACAUUUUCUAGCACUUUUUUGAUUGCACACUCCGACAACUGACUUAUAUUUUAAUGUAUAUCGUAUAUCCUGUGAUUUUUCCAGUUAUUCUCUAUUUUUUCUACUUUCGAAAGUGAGAAACUGUACUGACUGGUGUUGUUUGUUAUCGUGCUUGUUUAUUAUUACGUAAUCUUGUAAUGUUUUUUAUUUAUUUCUAGGUGUAAUAUUUACUACUAUGUGAUUAUUGAAUUUACCAAAGUAAUUAAUAAAUCGUAAGCAAUGUAAAGUAAAUGUUGUUCUUUGUAAAUUAUUGAAUUCUCUACAGAACGAACUGUGUAUGAAUAUGAACAAGGCAAUUGUUGUUUUAAACUUAGACAUAAUAAAAUUAAUUAUCUAUUUA